AUGAGGUAUCCCGUGCGACAAUGCGUUGCCGUUUCACUCAUUCUAUCCCUGGUACAGGGCAGCAGUAGCAGUAGUGCUAGUAGUACUUCUACCACUGCGGCAUCUACGUCUACAAGUCCGGCAGGAACACCCAAGACUUCCACCGCGACUCCUCCCCUCGAGGAUUCGCGUUCGUUACCGAGGCUGCUGCCCCUGCCCCCCUCGCGACUUCCACCACCGCCUCCACCCCGGGAUGCACAACACGGUAAGGCUUUUACUUCUCUCGAGAAGGAGGAGCCACGGCAACAAUUCAUUAUUGCACCUCCUUGUCCACCAAAGGCGAAAGUGGAGGCUGCAGUCUCCGCCUUGGCGCAAUCCACAGACAAUGGGAGCGGUGAUGCGGGAUCCAAACACCAAGAAAAUCGUGAAUCGGAGACCAGCAAUGGCACUGCUAAGGAUAAAGCAUCGGGGCAAGAAUACUCUGCCCGUUCGGAACACUUUGCUAAUUCCACUAGCGACGACAGCGUGGGGAAUGGCCAAGAGACAGUCAGUAUGCGGCUAGAAGUCGAUGAGCCACCUAGUGAGGAACGGAUCGAAAGCGAGCCCACAGUUCGACGCGACCCAACACACUCCUCGAGCUACUUACCACCGCCGCGUCAGACCGAGGCUACUUCGAAACCUGUCAUUAAGCCUUUAGUUCCUCCGCCACCAGUGCCACCUCGCGCGGGCAGACAUACUGGAUUCGCCAACCCCCUAAAUAACCAGGAUUCCUCGCUACGGAGAAUAACAAAAGACGCACGGCCGCCUCCGCCUCGAGUUGCAAAUAAGACUGGGAACAGGAAAAAUGCAGAGCUUCCACAGCCGGAGAAUCCACUCCAACAUGCGACUCGAACUGCGAGUUCGCCACCGUCCGAACUGGUGGAUCGAUCGCAACCGCUCUGGCUGCACCAGAGACGGAUCACGAUUCCGACCGAAGCAAACCCGCUAUCGCAACAAAGGAGGCCUCCGUCCCCGCACAGAUCACUGCCGAAUCCGCAAUAUCGGCAGGCAGGCGGACGAUACGAUUCUUCUGAACGCGGGAGUCCGCCACAGCUGUACCAGACACAAGCUGGCUCUGGUACAAUGCAACUUAUUCAACGUCGACCCAGUCCACAAGAACUGCAUGCGCGGUAUUUGCAACAACGCUCUCACGCUCGUCCGCUACCGGCUUGGAAACGCGUUUGGAGGGGAAUUGAACGGGGUCUGGAUACCUUGGCCGAUUUGGAAGAUUCAGUCUCGGAUCGGGCCUCACAACUCGUGAACGACGUAGUCAAAAUUACGCCAGUAAAGCUACCCACAGCUAGUUGGAUACCACCUGUUCGUAAAUUGUGGAACAGCAAUACUAAAUCUUCAUUGGCACCAUUGCAUGAUUCAUUGCAACGAAACAAUAAUAAGGACUACGAAGAAGAAAACGAUCCAGAGUCACGAAUGCAGUUUUCGGUUGCUUCCGGAAGAAGUUUGGCUAGUGCCGAUGGGGCCCCCAUACCUGGUGGACUGGAAUCACUGGCAAAUCGAAAAAUGGCCGCAUCGCGAUUCGAAUCGACAGCUCCGAUCAACGGCCAAACGCCUACUAGUGCGAAUGACAUGGAUGACAAAACUGAACCUUCUGUUACUAUGAAUCCGUACGUGAUCCAGUAUCCGCAGACAUCUACGGAUACCGAUCUGACAGGGAGGAAUACAAAACGCUUAAUACGAGCAAAUGGCGGGGCGUUGGAUCCAGCUCAGACGAGUAGUCUUCCAUUUGCCGCCAAACCUGAAAACAACAAGUCCUUUGCUGCUCCUCAAAAAGGAGCGGAGAAAUCGACCACAUCAUCUGGAACGCCUCUGCCUGUGCCUUCCGCGGCGUCCGGAAUCCGCCAGGAUUCGAGGGCCUUCUUAAACUCACAGGCUAACUCGCCACAUUUGUCUUCCAGCUCCAAGCGACCAACGACGACGACCUUUCUCAACGAUAGCGAUGACGACAAUGACGGAUCGCAAUCUCUGGUCGGGAAGCUUGGACGAAUAUUGCCGUCUCUGUCACGUAUACCACGUUUUCGUUUUCAUUUACCAGGUCGAGGUAGUAGCUUCUCACAAGACUAUUCUUCUGCCGCCAUGGAUAUUUGGGCCGAUGAAGACGACGAAGAGAGCUCGCGAGGUUUCUUAGGCAUAUUUAGUCGCAGCAAAGCGACAAGGCCUGAUACCGUCCAUGUUGCAGCGCAUAUGCGCCCCCGUCCAAAGAAGGGCACCUCGCUACCACCUCCAUUAGAUGAUCUAAUGGAUAGGUGCGGCCGUGGAAAAUCUUCAUCUCUUUUGAACGCCGACGACGAGAGACAAAGCAUCGCAGUCGGUCGUGCUCGUGCCGUGCUGGACAUAGCCCAACUCAUGUUUUUCAUAUUCGGAGCUAGGCUGGUGCCGGAUAUCGGCAGCGUACCGCUUCCCAAAACACCAUUGGAUUUUCUUUCAACAACAAUACCGUUCUUCUUGUCUGCAUUGAUGGAUGCGACGGAUACCUGGGCCCCGUUUGCCUUCGCUACCGCAUUUCUCGUGGCCAGAACUAGGGAUGUUUUAUUAGACAAAAGAGUCCAAACACUGGAGAAGUCCAUCGGCGCUUCGGUGCACGAUGAAACGCAGUAUGGCUCAAUGUUCUUGCGACUCUUCUCAUCGCAACCAACAAGCAGGAUGCUUCCAGUCCGAUCGGAAAAAGCUGCUCGGGCGCAGCUUCUAGCAAAAAUUGAGACGGCUCGAUUGAAGACUUUCGUGUCGUGCAUCUUGAUUAGCCUCGCUAUAAUGACCGUUUCUAUUCUCAGGACGCUUUUCGUGACGAUUAUUCAGUCCCUCGGAAAUUUGGCCGGGCUGCAGGAAUGGAGGUCGUGGCCUCCACAUUGGGGCGAGCUGGGUGGUGGUAUGAAAGGCGUCGUUCUGGAUUUGGGAAAAUCAAUUUCUCAGAUGAUAACCAUAGAGCUUGCAGAUGUGCUCGACUAUCCCUUGCGGGUUGCCUACCACGUUUCGGUAUUUGCCGCUCUCUCCACGGUAGCUCUGCUUCCGGUGCUUGAGACGAAGCGCAAAGUUCAGCCUGUUGCGGAGCAAGAUGCCGAGGAAGAAGGCGAAGUUCAUCUCAAAUUGACGGAACAAAUGACCGACUUGGGCUCUUCGGGGGCAAUUAGACUCGCGUUGUUGGCGGACGACAACACGAUCGAGUCACUGCUUGAACGAUGGCGCUUGGCCAUUCCGUUGGCGGCCGAAACUAAGUCGGGUUUAUCCAUAGCAUCGCUAAGUCGACUGGUGCUUUAUGGUGGCUUGGCCGGCGCAAUUCUGGUGUUUCCUCUUGUUGUGUACGGUCUCGUGGGAAUCACAACGUUCAAUGCUCGUAACAACGCAUUACUACGGUGGGAUUCGUUAUGCGAUGUUGCAAUUGUCCUUUUCUUUACCCACCGUAUUGCGUGGGACACACUGUCGCAUGUAGUACGUGCUACCGAUUCGAAACAGCAUAUUGUUGGCUUUCUGAGAUCGCUCAAGAUGGCUGUUGACGAGCGGACCACAUCAUUGUCUUCGCAAACAGUGGAUUUACAGCUCCAGGCUUCGAUAUCCGCGAUUACUGGCCUGACUGUGAAGGAUCUUUGGGCCGCGCACGCCACACGACGAGCGUGGGCGGUUCGAGGAGCCAAUCUAACUUGUCGUAACGGCGAAGUUCUGGUGAUUCUGGGUGAAGCGGGAUCUGGCAAAACGCGGCUGCUGACAACAUUGGCGGAAUCUAUGAUUGUUCCACCGAGAAGGGCUCGCUCGGCAACUCGAGUGCGAGGCAACAUCUCUUUCGGGAGCUUGGAUGUCACGAAAUGGGAUCCAAAUCAGCUGAAGAAGCGGUUGGGUCUAUUUUUGACCGAUGUUCGCACGGUUUCCGACACGGCACAAGUUGUGUCUGGUUUGACUUUGGAAGAGAUACUGGAACCUUCCGACGGCUUACGUGAGGUUGAUGCUUCCCAUUCGCCUGGCGUCAGUGAGCGUUCGUGUAUGAUGUUGGCAUUAAAACUGACUGGUCUGUAUACGACCUUGUUGCCGCGUUUGCCGUCAAAAAUGUCGAGUGUGGUGACGGCAACAGAAGACGAUUUGAGGCCCUCUCCGCUGCGACCUCGAUACAACGUGUUGUCACCAACGGAAUGGACGAAGCUACUCCUUUCGAAAGUACUCGCACAAGCUGUCUACGAUAACGAAAACUCGGCGGGUUCCAACGACAAGAUGGAAAAUAGUUUGGUGGGUUCAAUCUUGAUUCUGGAUGACGUCGUUUGUCAACUUUCUGAAGUGGAUGAGGCGCGAUUCGUCCGCGAUUUGCGUUCGACUGGCGCUGCUACGCUCUUGACGUCGCCUCGUUGGGUCACGGGACGAUUCGCCGAUCGGAUCGCAGUAGUGCGGGACGGUGCCGUCGUAGAAUGCGGCACGCACGCGGAGUUGCUCAAUCGCGGUCCCCAACAAAGUUUGUACGCGGCUAAAUGGCACGCCAUGACGGCACAGUAGAAAGUACAGCGCUGAUUAGUUAUCUUAUGGCAUCUUAUGGCAAUUGUCCACCAUCCAAGGACAAUGUUCGAGGCGAACAAGGAUCAUCUUGUUUGCGCCCUCUCCAGAGCUAGGAAACCGACAUGUCGGUCCUACUAUGGUAAGCGUGUGAU